CCCGGUACCCGGAUAGAUAGUUCAUAUCCUCCGCACCCCCCCCCCCCGCAGCUCUGCUAUCAUCAAUCACACCUUGUGGAGAAGAGACCGCACCAUAGUCCAUCAUGGCCCCGUCAAUCACCCUCGAGAAUUCGCCGCCACAGCCGACCGAAUCCACAAAGAAUACGGUGCCCUCCAGUGCAAAGCCUCGCUUUACACCGGGUUACACUACCCCCGAGCCGGUUCCAGAGAACUACGAGUUUGAGCACCUCACUCCCAGCUUUCCGGAUGUCUCGUGGCCUGCGUUGGAAGAGCUCCCUUACACCGACAAAGGUCUCCUCGGUGAUCCCGAAUACAAGGACCUCCUCGCGGACGCAGCCGACUGCUUCGACUACAACCACAACAUCGGCACAGAAAUCCACGGCGUCAGUCUCAAGACGUUGACGGAUGCGCAGAAGAACGAUCUUGCGCGGCUGAUCGCGUUCCGGGGGAUCGUGGUGUUCCGCGAUCAGUUCGACUUCAAUGAACACGACCAGCUGGAACUCGGGCGGUACUGGGGCACGCUGCAUAAACAUCCUACGACUGCGAUUCCAAAGUCUGGCCUGGAGGAGGUGCAUGUUGUCUAUGCGGAUGAGAAAAGUACCGAUCAACGGGCGCUGUAUACGCCCGCCCAUCUUUGGCACUCGGAUGUAACCUACGAGAUCCAGCCACCCAGCUACACCUCUCUCAAGCUCUUGACCGGCCCGCCUCGCGGCGGAGGCGGCGACACUCUCUGGUCAAGCCAAUACGGCACCUACGACCUCCUCUCGACCGGAAUGCAGACAUACCUCAAAGGUCUGACAGCACUGCACACCUCCACCGAGCAGGUCAGAGACUCAAAAGCGUUUGGCCGGGCGUGUAGGAGGGAAGCCAUCACCACCGAACAUCCGCUCGUCCGGACGCAUCCAGUCACGGGAUAUAACUCGUUAUUUUACUGUCCGGCAUUCAUCACGGGUAUCAAGGGAAUCCCGAAAAUAGAGAGUGACGCCAUCCUGAGGCAUCUCGAUAACGUCAUCGUGUCCAACGUCGACAUCCAAGCGCGCGUCCAGUGGCAGAAGGGAACGGUCGUGUUCUGGGACAAUCGCAGCAUGAACCACACGGCAACAUAUGGCUUCGCCCCGCAUCGUCGACAUGCGAUCAGAGUAACUCCUCAUGGUGAGCGCCCAACUCUGGAUCCGAAUGGAAAGUCGAGACAGGAGGAGAUUAAUAAGGCGCUUGGGAGAGCGCCAAUCAAUAAGGAUGGAACCGGGCAGUCGAACUUUAACGAUUGAGAUGGACAAAAACGGGGAAGGUACUUAUGUAGGAACUUACCAUCCGUACUUUGGAAAUGCGCUCGUUUUAGGUCAUAUGGAGCUGCACACGUGCUUUGUUGAGUUUAAACUGUACAACCAAGCAAUCGAGGAAUGAAGC